UCGGCUGCUGAUUUUUUUUACGGGAAAAGUCCCAGAAAUAUGUCCAUAAAUAUAAUGGUGAAACCGUCGACAUCUUUCAGUAGAAGACUCAAGUCGAAACCGCUAAAAUGCCCAGAUUUCUUGUAUACCUCUGCCUCGUACUGCUGCUGUGGAGUUUCCAAAUAGCUGCAGAUCACUUCGAUGAAUGUGACGGGGUUGACGACGAAACGUUCGUCCAGAGUUGGGAAAACUGCCAGUCGUAUGUCUACUGCCAGGGUGAGGAUUCGUUGAAGGGCGAGUGCGAUGAGGGGGAAUACUUUGAUGCGGAGACGGGGGGAUGCGAUGUGGCCGCGAAUGUGCAAUGCUUCCUGGACGAAGUCGAUGAACCUGCAGAUCCAGAGCCCGAACCGGAAGAGGAAGUCACACCCGCCACGCCAAGACCAACAGAUCCUCCAACCGAAGCACCAACCGAAGUGGACAUCCUGAACAUUGCCCCAGUUGUUAAGCCCAACUGCCCGUUCAGCGAUGAUCCCAGUCAGGUCAUAUUAAUGGCCAGCAACGAAUCGUGCACCAACUAUUUUCUCUGCUAUCAUGGACAUGCCAUGGAAAUGCAUUGCACCAAUCAGUUGUACUUCAAUUCCCUCACCGGACAGUGUGAUUACCCCGAGAAAGUUCAGUGUGCGCUGGACGAUCCACGGUCCCACAAAUGUCUGCCCCACAUGACCGAGUUCUUUCCACACCCGGACAACUGCAACUACUUCUACUACUGCAUCAAGGGAUUCCUGACCCUGCAGCAGUGCCCCUUUUACUACGGCUGGGACAUCGAGCGGCGGAGUUGUGUGCAGAUUGGUGUGGCGAAAUGCUACGGAAACUCCCGCCGAACUUAGGCCGGAAACUGC